AUGGCGCUGUCUCCGAUCGCUAAGGCCACUUUGCAGGCGACGCUGAUGAGCGCGGGGUCUAAUGUGGUCGCACAGGCCAUUACUUCGUAUCGCGAAGAGAAACCAUUUGAGCUUGACUCUCAAGCUCUGUUCCAGUUUACAACGAGCGCGCUGAUUCUGUCGCCUCUGUCAUUCCUCUGGCUCGAGGGGUUGGAGUCGCGUUUCCCCAGCUUCAUCAAUGACAAACCGACAGCGACCGGAAAGGCAAAAACCAACAAGAAGAAGCCAAAGCUCAACGUGAGAAACACAGUGGCGAAAAUUAUUGUCGAUCAGGUUAUCGGCGGAGCAUGGAAUACCGUCGCCUUCAUCGCGACGAUGGGUUUGUUGCGGGGCCAGGACUAUGAAGUCAUCAAGGGCCAGAUACAGAAUGACUUUUGGCCCAUAAUGCUGGCCGGGCUGAAAUUGUGGCCCUUUGUCUCGAUUUUGAACUUUACCGUUGUCCCCGCUGACAAGCGACUGCUUGUUGGAAGUCUGUUUGGUGUUGUCUGGGGGAUUUAUCUCAGCCUUAUGGCAGCAUAG